GGUCGAACCACCCUCCAUAUAAAACCAUGGCACGCACUUCUUGGUGGUCCGAUCAACGAUUCUCUAGAAUACCCUAGACACGCCUCAGCCAGAAAGAGAAAAAUCAUAGCACCCCAAAUCAAAUCUCGAAGAAAACCAUUCGCAUUGUCUACUCGGUUUUUUAUUGGCAUACGACGAUGAUUAUGGGUUUUGAUUUGGGGCAUUCUUCCGACAGCAUUCAAAGCUCGAAGCUUCUCGCUACGUGCUUGAUCGGAGGCGUGGUUCUGGGGGUCUCCGUUCUGGGGUUCUACCUUGCUUUUCCGCCUCCGCGCCAGCUAUCAUGGCGGAGGAAGAAGAAGCCUAUUCGCGUAUACAUGGACGGGUGUUUUGACAUGAUGCACUACGGCCAUUGCAAUGCUCUCCGACAGGCUCGUGCGCUCGGGGACCAAUUGGUGGUCGGUGUUGUCAGUGAUGCUGAAAUUACUGCCAAUAAAGGCCCUCCUGUGACUCCCCUGAACGAGAGGAUGAUUAUGGUCAGUGGUGUGAAGUGGGUAGAUGAAGUCAUUCCUGAUGCACCUUAUGCCAUAACUGAAGAUUUUAUGAAGAAGCUGUUUGAUGAGUAUAACAUUGAUUACAUUAUCCAUGGGGAUGAUCCCUGCAUUCUUCCUGAUGGUACUGAUGCUUAUGCUCUUGCUAAGAAGGCUGGUCGCUACAAGCAGAUCAAGCGCACAGAAGGAGUGUCAAGUACUGAUAUUGUUGGACGCAUGCUUCUUUGUGUGAGAGAGAGAUCCCUUAGUGACAGUCAUAAUCACUCUUCUUUGCAAAGACAAUUCAGCCAUGGUCACAGCCAAAAAUUUGAAGAUGGUGGAUCUGGUAGUGGAACUCGCAUAUCUCAUUUCCUACCAACAUCUCGCAGAAUUGUUCAGUUCUCUAAUGGGAAGGGGCCAGGACCAGAUGCUCGGAUAGUAUAUAUAGAUGGUGCAUUUGAUCUUUUUCAUGCUGGACAUGUGGAGAUAUUGAAGCUUGCUCGAGGGCUUGGAGAUUUUCUACUUGUUGGGAUUCACACUGAUCAAACUGUCAGUGCUAAUAGAGGAGCACAUCGCCCUAUCAUGAACCUUCAUGAAAGAAGCUUAAGUGUUUUGGCUUGUCGUUAUGUGGAUGAGGUGAUAAUUGGUGCUCCUUGGGAAGUGUCUAAAGACAUGAUCACAACCUUCAACAUCUCCUUAGUUGUUCAUGGAACAGUGGCAGAAUAUAAUAAUUUUCCCAAGGGGAAAGAGGACCCAUAUGCUAUUCCAAUCAGUUUGGGUAUCUAUGAACAGUUGGAAAGCCCCUUGGAUAUCACAACUACCACGAUAAUUAGGAGGAUUGUAUCAAAUCAUGAAGCAUAUCAGAAACGUAAUGAGAAGAAGGCAGAAAGUGAGAAAAGGUAUUAUGAAGAUAAGACAUUUGUGUCCGGCGAUUGAUUGAUUUUGGAGAUGUGAGGUACACACACGGCUAAUGUGCAGGGUGUCGAUUUUUGCCCCUUCUUUUUAGUUAUAUUGGAGUACUUGCCAUUAUCGCUUGUGGCUGUGAUCCAUUAUUUCAAAGAUCACUUGUAGUUGCUUAGCUUAGCUAGUAUUACUGCAUUCCAAAUUAUAUCUGUUUUUUUUCAGACCCACUUUCUUGGAAUUGGGUCCAAGAACACUGGCAGAACUUUGAGGGAAAGGUCUCUUGAUGAUAUUGGGUGGUUUUGCGAGCGAAAUCUAGGCACCAUUUGUAAGAGUAGGAGCAUGCGUCUAUUUAUACUAGUUAUACAUUCUGUAUCCUGGAAGAAGCUGUCCUGUUUGUUUUAGACAAUAUCGUUUCUUUUGACGGACAAUGAAAAAGUACUUGGUAUGAUAAUGAAGGACAAUUGAUUUUUACAUGUA